AUGGCACAGCAGAAGAGCAUGAUCCACACCGCAGGAUGCAUAAUCAUAGGCGAUGAGGUUCUAGGCGGCAAGACCGUCGACACCAACUCCGCCUACCUUGCUAAGUUCUGCUUCUCGCUGGGCAUGAACCUCAAGCGCAUAGAAGUGAUAGGAGAUGACGAGGCAGAGAUUAUAGAAGCUGCACAGAGGAUGUCGAAGAACUACGAUUUCGUUGUGACAUCCGGAGGCAUUGGGCCGACACACGACGAUAUCACGUACCAGUCAAUAGCCAAAGCCUUCAAUCUGCCAUUGAAGCUGUACGAGCCAGCGUUCGAGAGGAUGAAGCGGCUCUCGAAGCCACACCCGUCGCAACCAAACUUCGACUGGGAUACGCCCUCUCCGGCGCUCACCGCAAAGCUACGCAUGAUAGAGCUGCCAAUUGACGAGUCUAAGAACCCAGACGAGCAAGUUAUAUUCGUCGACGACAAUCUAUGGGUACCCGUCAGUGUAGUGAACGGCAACAUCCACAUUCUGCCAGGAGUUCCGAGACUGUUUGAGAGGAUGAUCGAUGGUCUGAAGCCGAUGCUACUGCCGCGGCUGACAGAUCCUGAAGGAAAAGGAGUCUAUCGGAUACUUUUCUCGACGCCGCUAGCAGAGAGUGCUGUUGCCGGUUAUCUGACUGAACUGGCCGCAAAGGCGGAGCCAAAGGGCGUUAAGGUCGGGAGCUACCCGCGAUGGGGGAAGUCACGCAACACGGUGACCCUUGUCGGACGAGACUUGGAUUUCAUGGAGAGUUUGGUACCGGAAGUUGAGAAAGGAGUGCAGGGUAAGAGAGUCAGUGUUGAAGGCGAAGAUGACUCGGACAUAGAGAAGUAG